CCCGCGUACACCGCCGACCCCACCGGUCAGUCUCGCUCUCGCCGCGCGCCUCUCCCCUAGUCCCCCUUCCUCCCCUCCACUGCCCUCGCGCCGCCGCCGCUGCCCACUAGGGUUUAGUGUUCUCCCCGCCGCCCGCCGCCGCCCGCGAUGGAGGCGCUCCGGGAGGCGGAGGCGAAGCUCACGGUCUACGUGCACCCCUCCAACGCCGCCGACGUCCCGCGCGCCGUCGCCCGCCAGCUCAGCACGCUCCUCUUCUCGUACGAAGAGCGCUUUGAUGGCGUGCUGCUGGCUCACAAGACUACAUUAGUCGACGAGGAUAGCAAGGAUGAUGAAAGUGAAGGCAAGGGUAAGAAGAAGGUCGAUGAUAAAAGUGAAGUCGAGGGUAAGAAAAAGGUCGAUGAUAAAAGUGAAGUUGAGGGUAAGGAGGAGGUCAAAAUCCUAAGAGCCAAGAUCCUGAAUGGCUUGGUACCGUACUUUGGCGUCCGCGUGCAUGCGAACCUGCUGAUCUUCUCUCCCAAGCCGGACAUGAUCCUGGAAGGGAAGGUAGAAACGCUCAGGAAGGGGUCGAUUCAUGCCGUUAUAUUGGGAAUUUUCUCAGUGGCCAUUAUGUCUGAUGAUAUUUCUGAAAAGUUCAAAUUCAGAAGGAAAAGUGAUGGGGGGAGAUUUGUGAGCCGCUCAGAUAGACAGCAUGUGAUUACAAGAGGAACAAUGAUAAGGUUUUUUGUCAAAGGGGUGGAUACAGAAAUGAAUUGUCAUAUUACUGGAUCUUUAAUCCCACCUCACACUGGAUCCAUGGAUUGGUUGUCAGUACACGAUGCUGAAUAUGCAGCAGAAAUCAACGGGAGAUCAAGGGAUGAUAGCAACAAAAUUGAGCAGAAUGAACAAGAACACAGAAUACUCAAGAAUGAAGAUAGCAUGGUGAAAUCUGAACGGACACACAAGUCCCGAAAGAGGAGCAUUGAAAACCGAUAAUUCAUUUUGGUUGUGAAGAAUUUUGUUUGAAUGCAAGAAUGUUGGCUGGAUGCUUUUGGCAGAGGGCAAUGAAGGCCAAGUGGGCUUGUAUGUGGUGUUUUCCUUCAAUGCUUCUGCUGUCUGUUGAUGCUUACUGGGGAGAAGAUGCCCCUCCAGUUCAAGAAAUGGUGCUUUAGCCUAUUCAGAAACCUGGCAACCUGCUUCCCCUGUUGCUUACUGGGAGAAGUGUACGAUGAUGUAAAACAAAUGAGGAUCGCAUUUGUAAUAGAUCACUUUAUCUGCCAACUUGUGACUGAUCUCAUCCAAUGAACCAAUUUUUGAUGGAAAAUCUGA